UUAGUUCAGGGCCAUCUCUUCCCUCCCAUCAGGGACCUCACCCCUCCCCCUGCCUCCCUCUCCUUGCCUAAAGUCUCCUGCAGCCUCUUGGGUCUCCUAGAAUCUUACUCUGGGCGGCCUCCAAACCUCCUCCUAAGGACUCCUACGGUCGCUCCACGGCCAGACUGCUUGAAUCUCCAAAGAUAUCCAUCCCUAAAUUUUCAAAUCUCGUGCACAAGCCCCUUCACAGGCUCCCCGUCCCUCAGGUAUCACGGAGACCUAUGCUCCGCCCCCCGAUGGCCUGGACCCCCCUCCCCUCUGAGGCUAGCUUUCCCCCCUAUUGAGCACUCCGGUCCCCAAGAGUUUCCCCAGCCUGGCAUGCCUCGAGAGCUGUGGGCGGGGCUCCGGGACAGCUGCCCCCCCCGGGGGGGCGGAGCCGGCCGUGCGGGGGGCGAGGCCCCGCGAGGCCGCUCCCCGCCCGCCCCGAUCCCCCGAGCCUAUAAAGGGAGGCGACACACCACCCUCCCGGCUGGCAUCCCCGAGUCGCCGCCUGCCCCGCCGCGCGGAGCGAGCGCCGCCUCCGAGGGGCGCCGGAGCCAUGACCCUCCGCCGACUCAGGAAGCUGCAGCAGAAAGAGGAGGCGGCGGCCACCCCAGACCCCGCUGCCCCGGCCCCGGACUCGGAAGCUGCUCCAGCCCCUCCGACCCCGACCCCGGCCUCGGGCCCCCCUGCCGCAGCCGCCUGCCCUGGGACCCCCGGGGACGAGCUGUACGCGGCGCUGGAGGACUAUCACCCGGCCGAGCUGUAUCGCGCGCUCGCCGUGUCCGGGGGUACCCUGCCCCGCCGAAAGGGCUCGGGACUGCGCUGGAAGAACCUCAGCCAGAGUCCCGAACAGCAGCGGAAAGUGCUGACUUUGGAGAAGGAGGAGAACCAGACCUUCGGCUUUGAGAUCCAGACUUAUGGCCUUCACCACCGGGAGGAGCAGCGCGUGGAGAUGGUGACCUUUGUCUGCCGGGUUCAUGAGUCCAGCCCUGCCCAGCUGGCUGGGCUCACACCAGGGGACACCAUCGCUAGUGUCAACGGCCUGAACGUGGAAGGCAUCCGGCAUCGGGAAAUUGUUGACAUCAUUAAGGCGUCUGGCAACGUUCUCAGACUGGAAACUCUGUACGGGACAUCAAUUCGGAAGGCGGAACUGGAGGCUCGUCUGCAGUACCUGAAGCAAACCCUGUAUGAGAAGUGGGGAGAAUACAGGUCCCUAAUGGUGCAGGAGCAGCGGCUGGUGCACGGCCUCGUGGUGAAGGACCCGAGCAUCUAUGACACGCUGGAGUCCGUGCGCUCCAGCCUGUACGGUGCGGGCCUGCUCCCGGGCUCACUGCCCUUCGGGCCUCUGCUGGCCGCCCCCGGGGGCUCCCGCGGCGGCGCGCGGCGGGCCGGGGGCGACGCGGACGACGCCGUCUACCACACGUGCUUCUUCGGGGGCGCUGAACCGCCUGAGCCCCCGCCGCCCCCGCCCCCCGCGCGCGCGCCCGGCCUGGGCCCCGCCGACGCUCCGACCCCAGGGCCCCGGGCGGUGCUGAGCCGCAGCGCCAGCGUGCGGUGCGCGGGCCCCGGGGGCGGCGGCGGCGGCGGCGUGGGCGCGCCGAGCGCUCUCUGGACUGAGGCCCGCGAGCAGGCCCUGUGCGGCCCCGGCCUGCGCAAAACCAAGUACCGCAGCUUCCGCCGGCGGCUGCUCAAGUUCAUCCCCGGACUCAACCGCUCCCUGGAGGAGGAGGAGAGCCAGCUGUAGGGGCGGGGGCGGGCGGGGGAAGGUAUUUAUUUAUUUAUUCUUUCCAGCCAGUGCAAAAAGGGGGCGGGGGCGGGCGCCUGGCCGCGGAGACUCCGGGAGCCCAAGGCGGCGGGAGAGGGUCCUCGCCAGCCCCAGCUGGCCUGCCUUCCUGGCUUGUGCAGAGUGGUGAAUGAACCCGAGCCCCAGGCCCCUUUACUCCUCCCCAGAACCACAGCGGGAGGUGGGCACGGAGAGCUAGGCGAGCUCGGGGUUGGGAGAGGUUCCGGGGCCAAAGAUGGGGCGUGCCAUCCUACAUCUGGGUCAGUAGUGCCUUGUGGGGUGUCCAAGAAAACCCCUUCUCCGGGUGAGAGGACCCUGCCCCACGAAGCCCUCUCCUCAGCUUUACUUGCUCCCCACCCUUGGCCUUGGGGAGAAAUGGCCUAUGCCCAGUCGCUUCCCCAUCCCCCCACAGACAUAGUUCCAGUUAACCAGCGCUGGUCCCUCUCCCUCCCAGCCUUGACCCCUAAGGGCUUGGCCCCUCCCAGGAGCCUGUAACUAAGUGGGGUCUUGCCCGGCAGGGGUCCUGGGUCCUCUGCCCCUUGGGGGACAGGAAUGGGCCUGUUUUGGGGGGAUGGGGGCAGCACAGACUGUUCCACCGUUUUGCAUAUUGUUGCUUCUGAACCACAGACUGUAUAAAAUUGACGGUUUUUUGCA